AUGUCAGCCAUGGACACGAUCAUGCUCCAGCACUGGAAGCUCGUGAUCGCUGUUGUUGUGAGCCUGGCGGUGAUAACCGGUUGCUUGGUCGAGCUUGUCAAGCAGCAGUUGAUCAGCUGGGUUGACAGGCAGCCAUGGCGUUCGCGAAUGAUCCCACUGCAGCGCAACAUGAUGCACAACUUCGGCUACAGCAAGUCAACCACUGCGGAUGAAACGGUCAUAGUUGACUGCUACUGCUUUGUGAUUGCCAUUUGCUCCCAUCAUCUCGUGAUGAGCCUGGCCCUAACUCCAGUGGUUGUUUUGGGCUGGGACUCGGCUGGUUCUGUGGGACAGUUCCUGUUCUACGCUGGUGCCGUGGGAGAUCUGGCAUACUCGACCUACGACAGCGUGCAAAUCACUCUGAGAGCAUUUUUCCCAGUCAGCUUCAAAGGCUUGGGUGUCCAGCUGCCGAGGAAAUACUUCAUUGUCAUGGUUUGCUUGCAUCAUAUGCUCUCCAUCAUGCUGACGCUGCCGAUGAUCCUCUACUACCCUACCCUGAGAGCACUGCAUGUAUUAAUGUAG